CUGUUGUUGGCAGCUGGAGAACAAACAGGGGAAAUGAAGUAAGGGCUGCAUUUGAUGGGGAGAGAGUUGAAAAUGUCCAUGUGGAAAAGGGAAAAGCUUCUCCAAGAUGGUGUCUCAGCUCCCUACCCAGUCAGUAGCUUGAGUUUCCCUGUUCUUUCCCAGACAUGAUGUCUAGCUCCACACACCUGUACCCCCAGUGAGAGUGGUGACAGUCAUCUCUUGGAAGGAACCUGUGAUUGAGCCUGAGUCUAUCUCAGUAACUUGAGCAAACAUCCCUGUGGUGCUGUCGCAGGCUGCUCACUUCCUGGCUGCCACGUCUCCCGGAGAGGAGUUCCCCAUCACCCUGGUCUCCCUUGUAAAAGGAGGAUUCACAGAUAGCCCUGCUCAAAGUGGUGAGCCUAUCACCCAGCUCCAGUACUCACAGUAAGUGCAUUCAAAGCAUCUUUGGUGAAGACAAUGCCUGCUUGUCACUGGAGCUUUGAACACUUUGCUUAAACCAUCCUGGUCUCAUCUCUUUUAACAUGAGUUCAUGGAAUACCUACUACCUGUACAACUACGAUUAGACUUUGCAAGCAGUGAAGAGGUGAAAGUAUGAGAGAAAGUACUCCUCUGACACCAGGCUGAAGCCCUAAGGUGUGGCCACCGUGAUAUACUGAGCUAUUUCCAAAGCUGGGCCUAGCACUGGGAUUGACCCAGUGGGGUCCCCGCUAGUUCCAGAGAAUGAAGCUGUUCUGCAGACGCCACAUGCCCCUGCGCCUGGCUGUGGUGGGCAGCGCCUUCGUGCUCUUUCUCUUCGUCCUGCAGAGGGAUGUCAGCAGCAAGGAACAGGCCAUAGAGAAGCUGUGGCUGAGGUCCUUGGUGAGCCAGAAGGAUCACAUCCUGGACCUCAUGCAGGGUGCUGUCAACAACCUCAGGGAUUCAGUGCCCAAACUCCAGAUCAGGGCACCGGAGCCCCAGGCCACACUGGUCUCCACAAACCAGUCCUGCCUCCCCGGGUUCUAUACCCCAGCAGAGCUGAAGCCCUUCUGGGAACGGCCACCACAGGACCCCAAUAGCCCUGGGGCUGAUGGGAAAGCAUUUCAGAAGACUGAGUGGACACCCCUGGAGACGGAGGAGAAGGAAAGGGGCUAUAAGAAGCACUGCUUCAAUGCCUUUGCCAGUGACCGGAUCUCCCUACAGAGGGCCCUGGGGCCAGACACCCGGCCCCCUGAAUGUGUCGACCAGAAGUUCCGGCGCUGCCCUCCUCUGCCCAGCACCAGUGUCAUUAUUGUGUUCCACAACGAGGCCUGGUCCACACUGCUGCGAACCGUAUACAGUGUCCUACACACCAGCCCCGCCAUCCUGCUGAAGGAAAUCAUCCUGGUGGAUGAUGCCAGCACCGACGACUAUCUAAAGGAGCAGCUGGAGCAGUACGUGAAGCAGCUGCAGGUGGUGCGCGUGGUGCGGCAGGAAGAACGGAAGGGACUGAUCACAGCCCGGCUUCUGGGGGCCAGCGUGGCCCAGGCAGAGGUGCUCACCUUCCUGGAUGCUCACUGUGAGUGCUUCCAUGGCUGGCUGGAGCCCCUCCUGGCUCGCAUUGCGGAGGAUGAGACUGCAGUGGUGAGCCCAGACAUCGUCACCAUCAACCUUAACACUUUCCAGUUCUCCAAACCUGUCCAGAGGGGCAGAGUCCAUAGCCGUGGCAAUUUUGACUGGAGCUUGACCUUUGGCUGGGAGGCUCUACCUCCAGAUGAGAAGCAGAGGCGCAAGGAUGAGACUUACCCCAUCAAAUCCCCGACGUUUGCUGGUGGCCUCUUCUCCAUUUCCAAGUCUUACUUUGAACACAUCGGUACCUAUGAUAAUCAGAUGGAGAUCUGGGGAGGGGAGAACGUGGAAAUGUCCUUCCGGGUGUGGCAGUGUGGGGGCCAGCUGGAGAUCAUCCCCUGCUCCGUGGUAGGCCAUGUGUUCCGGACCAAAAGUCCCCACACCUUUCCCAAGGGCAUCAAUGUCAUCACUCGCAACCAAGUGCGCCUGGCAGAGGUCUGGAUGGAUAACUACAAGGAACUUUUCUACCGACGAAAUUUGCAGGCAGCCAAGAUGGCUAAAGAGAAAUCCUUCGGCGACAUUUCGGAACGACUACAGUUGAGGGAAAAACUACACUGUCAUAACUUUUCCUGGUUCCUGAACAACAUUUACCCUGAGAUGUUUGUUCCUGACCUGAAGCCCACCUCCUUUGGAGCCAUCAAGAACCUUGGCAUCAAUCAAUGUCUGGAUGUGGGUGAAAACAACCAUGGAGGGAAGCCUCUCAUUAUGUACUCCUGCCACGGCCUCGGAGGCAACCAGUACUUUGAGUACACAACCCAGAAGGAACUUCGCCAUAACAUUGCAAAGCAGCUGUGUUUGCAUGCCACUGCUGGCACUGUGGGCCUUAGAAGCUGUCACUUCACUGGCAAAAAUAGCCAGGUGCCCAAGGACGAGGAAUGGGAAAUGACUCAGGACCAACUCUUCAGGAAUAGAGGAUCUGGGACCUGCUUGACAUCUGAGGACACAAAACCAGCAAUGGCUUCUUGCAAUCCCAGUGAUUCCCACCAGCACUGGCUCUUCAUAUAGGGCCCUGACCAUCAAUGUCUGUGUAGGCCUUACAGAUGGAGUUCUGAAUUCACUGGCUGUUAAGGCAGGACCUUCUUACUCCUUGCAACAACACUGGACCCACACCAGUGGAAAGGACCAUUAGAACACUGGCUUGGAGUGUUCCUUCUGCCCUAAAGACAAAAACUUUCAAAGCAGAGAAGGUAGCGGGAAACAACUCAGGGCAGCAAUGAUGAACUUAAGGGGAAACACACAAACAAAAAACAAAAACCAACUACUGCAACCAGGUACUGAAUCCCUGGUCAUUUAGAGCAUCCACAACAUUUGGUGAAAGUGUAUCAUAACAGAAGAAUUUGAGUCCAAGAGAGUCAUCUUUGCUAAUAUUACAAGUUGUAAUAUUAGCUUGUAGCACUAGCUUGUAGAAUUGUUUAUAGUUUACAGAAAGUACUCUGACAAGAAACCUUUAUGCCUUUAUCUGCAUAAUAAUCCCAUUGGAAAUAGAGGACCAAAGUCAUGUUACAAACAAGCUCUGCAUAUGUGAA